AUGUCAUUAUUGGAGGCGAAUAGAGCUGUGCUGGAAGAGCUAGAAAUUAUAGAAGAUGCUAUUACCCAGCGAAUUGCUAGGAACCCUGAGAUUUACUACUCAUAUUUGGAGAAACGAGCAGAAAUUGAAAGUGAUGAUGAUGACCUCGCAAGCAUACCGAAAGGUAACAUCACUGCUAAUAAGUUGCAUAUGAUUAAAAAGACCAAGCGAUCGCGAAAACAGAUAUUGCUGCAGCAGCACGAGAUCUCAAAAUUUUUAUCACAGUAUAAAAAGAAGGUUAAGCAGUUGAAACCUAGCACACCAGAGGAUUUAGAACCAUAUAGAGACCCAGGUUUGACAUUUGAGGCCUUUGAACAAACUAUAAAGGAUAUUAAUGAGAAAUAUGAUACGAAUGUUGCGUCUGACGCGUCAGAAUCUACGUUACAAGCUAAAAGGCAUGACUACGCUAUGUUUUCCAAUUCGGGGGCUCAAGGAAAGGAUAUACUCUCGAGGACCGCUCAAUUCCUUGAUCUGAAUGAAAAAUUUACUUGGGAAGAGCACUAUGGGGAGUAUCUAGACCUUGAAAAUCUGCACAAAGACUGGAUAAAUGUUAUUAAGGACAGUAGCUCCUCAUUGCUACAGUUCAUCACAUUUUUGGAGUCCUUCUUAACAAAUAAUCAUAUCACUACAGCCCCAGUAGACAGGAACAGUAAGGCCUAUCAUUCAUUUAUUGCCCGCCUUUCGGCAUACCUGAAGUCGUUCUUCGAGCAGUCAUACCCCUUGCUGAACCACUCGCAGCUCUAUAACUCCAUACAAAGGGACGUCCCCAGGUACUGCGAUAGUCCUGUCAUACACCCCACCAAAGGUUACGUUUGCGUGGCUUGUGGGAAAGGGUUUAAAAGCAAUGCUGUAUUUCUCCCGCAUCUAACUGGAAAGAAGCACAUCAAAAACCUCCAGUCUAAGUCGCAGGCUCUACUUGCAGAAUACACCCUGCUUCGGCUCAUAAAAUGCUUAAAUAAGGAAAUUGCAAGCACUCGAGCAUUUAUAGAGCGGAGAUUAGCAUUCACCGCUACCGAGCGGAUAAAAGAAAUGGCCAAACUUAAAGAAGCCUAUACCUCCCCCGCAUAUGGUGAUUCUGAAUCGGAAGACUCUAACGCCCAGGAUACUUCGCCCACUUCUCAAGUGUUUCCGGAUAACUCAAAUCCUCUCAAUUUGCCAUUAGGUCCGGAUGGCUAUCCGAUACCGUACUGGCUUUACAAGCUACAGGGCCUCGACAUUAAAUAUACAUGUGAAAUCUGCGGAAACCAGCUGUACAAAGGCAGGAGGGUAUACGAAAAGCACUUCCAAGAAAGUAAGCAUAACUACGGCUUACGUUGCCUCGGUAUCAAGCCAUCGCCGGCGUUCAAAGGCAUUUCAAAAAUUAGCGACGCCCAGUUACUGGCCCGUAAGUUACUACCUGACCAUGUGCAAUUGUCAGCAAGCGCGAUCGCGAAUUCCGGCGCUUACUCAAACAUAAGCCAGAGUCAACAAAUAGAAAUGGAGGACGAAGAUGGUAACCUGAUGACGUUACAGGUAUACGAAGAUCUUAAAAAGCAGGGGCUAUUAUAG